GCUGUCGUUCCCAUGAACCGACUCUAGAAGUAGAAACCCCUUCGUUAAUAAAUAAAAAUUGUAUAUCAACACGCUUGUCUCUCCUGAUUCUGGAGUCUACCAAAAUUUUGAGCAUCCAGUGGAGUCGCGCAGAUGUCAGUAACCCUACACACAAAUCUUGGUGACAUCAAGUGCGAGAUUGCUUGUGACGAGGUCCCCAAAACGGCAGAGAAUUUUUUGGCACUAUGUGCAAGCGGUUACUAUGAUGGAACAAUAUUUCACCGGAACAUCAAAGGUUUUAUGAUUCAAGGUGGAGACCCAACAGGAACAGGCAAAGGUGGGACCAGCAUAUGGGGCAAGAAGUUUAAUGAUGAGAUAAGAGAGUCCCUCAAGCACAAUGCAAGGGGGAUAUUGGGAAUGGCCAAUAGUGGGCCUAAUACUAAUGGAAGCCAAUUCUUUAUAACUUUCGCAAAGCAACCACAUCUUAAUGGAUUAUACACUGUGUUUGGCAAAGUGAUCCAUGGCUUCGAAGUCCUUGAUCUCAUGGAAAAGACACAAACAGGACCAGGGGAUCGACCACUUGCCGAGAUAAGACUUAAUCGUGUAACUAUACAUGCUAAUCCGCUUGCUGGCUAGACUUGGCACGAGUGCUAUUGGUUGUGUUGUAUUCGAAUGAGGACCCUUUAGUAAUGAUUUUUUGACUAAAAUCGUGCUUAUUUACAUGGAAUUAACAUGUAAAUUUUGGCAUUAUAAAAUGGUAGGAUUGCAUCAUCUACACGAUUAAUGAUGGGAAAUGCUAUCAGAAUUUUGGUCAUGUAAGUCACAUGAAAAUAUGGGUAGUAAGAUUUGUGUGCAAAGAGGGUUGUCUCAAGAUGUUAUUGGUAUCAGUCUCUGCUAGAUUUUCAUUUUUACAGAUGACUCUUGUUAAAUAAAAAAAAAAAAAAAAAAGGAUUUGGAGAGUUGAAGGGUAUUUCGAUCUUCUUAUUUGUUAUAUCGUUCUUACUUUUUCCUUUUCCUUUUCCUUGUGAAUGGU